GUCGAUCUGUGAGUUUCGAGUUUAAACUAUUUUCGUGCUGGAUUUUACUGAGGUCCGAGUUUUAUACAUUUAUAACCAUUUCUUUUGUUUAACUCUCUAUUGCAGCUCGAGCAUUUCCUAAAUAUUUGAGCUUCUUUUCCAUUUUUUAAAUCUUUUUAGAACUGUUGAUAUACUUAAGAGUUCAUCAUGGAAGCUGGUUUAUUCAACUAUCAAGAGCCAAGUUUUACCUUUGGUCAGUCAGAUCCUACAAAAGUAAAGAAGGACAACGAGAAGAACAGAAGACUUUUCAAUGUUGUAAAGCCAGCAGAUGAAAGUCCUCGGGAAGAAAAUAAAGGCAGGAAGGGGCCUGUAGAUAUAUUUCCGAAUUUACAUCUACUCGAGACUCCAUGGAGAUCAGUGAACUGGACCUCAGAGUCCAGAGGGGAACUGAUGGAGAAGGUUGAGUCAUACAAACCGGCCGGUGGGGCUGUGUCCCGGGCCAGAGUCCUGUUUCUGGGUCCCGUUGGUGCAGGAAAGUCCAGUUUCAUUAGUUCUGUGCAGUCAAUCUUUUCCGGGCGCGUCCUUAACCGGGCCAUGGUGGGUUCUUCGUCUGCAAGCUUCACAAAAAAGCUCCAGUCCUUCCAGAUCAGACAAAGUGGAGAAAUACCACUCCCCAUGCCACUGGUCCUGUGUGAUAUUAUGGGGAUUGGAGAAGGAGACUCGACUGGAUUGAGCCUUUAUGAUGCGCUGUGUGUUAUCAAAGGACAUGUGAUAGAGGGACAUCAGUUCAGUGCAGAAGAGCCGGUCAGAUCUGACAACACGGAGUUCAUAAAGGAGCCGAGCCUCAAAGACAAGAUUCACUGCGUGGUGUUUGUAGUGGAUGCGUCCAAAAUCAACAGCUAUGCGAAAGGACUGAGCAGCACAUUCCAGCAGCUCCGAGAAAAAAUCAGCAGUCUGGGUGUGCACCAGGUGGCACUGCUGACUCACGUGGAUGAAGUGUGCACCCAGACGUCUCGAGACAUCAGCCAGGUGUACAGGAGCUGCCAAGUUCAGCAGCUGAUGGUGAAGGCCGGAGCGCUUCUUGGAAUGGCCUUAUCCUACAUCGUACCUGUGAGAAACUACUCCUCCCAGCUGGAUCUCGAUGACAACAUGGACAUCUUACUGCUCAGUGCUGUCGAUCACAUCCUGCAGUACACUGAUCUGUACUUCCAGGACACUGCUGUGGAAUAUAAAGUUCAGCUAGAAAUGUAGAACCGAUGCGCUGAUACGCCGCUUAUGUCUUGUUUUCUGAUUUCUGGGGGGGUUUCGAAAGAGAUAAGAUUAUCCAGUCAGUGGCAACUGCUACAAUUUUGAUCUUUUUUUUUCAGUAAUUAAUUUUGUGUAAUGUACUUUUACAGUUUUUCUUUUGCUUUGGAGAAUUCCUUCAUAUUAUGCUUAAUAUUUGCAAAAAAAAAAUUUUUCUAAAACAAUUUGCUCAGUGAAAUCCUUAGUUAAUUUUUCAAAAGUAGGUAUUUGUAUCAAUAAAAAUCACAGCCAUCAGAAUGAAAAGUCCUUUUCUUAUUGAUCACAAACAAGAUCGUCAAAAUGUUUA